UUAUAUGAAUGACAUCCGAGUGGAAAGCAAGCCAUAACAAGUCUUGGACGGCGUUCAGUGAACAUCCAGAAAAAAUUAUUGGUUGAAGUUAUUAAGUGUUACUUAAGAAAACCCAAAGCCUGAGUUACGGUCUGUGUUUUCAUUCACACACUGUACUGGCAGGUGUGAGAGGUAAAGCAUACCUAUACAAUUACCUGUUCAUUACGAAAUCGGCGAAUACUGAACAUUAAGAAAUUGGCGAAUACUGAACAUUAUGGUACUUCAAAGAAAUCGACUACCCUUGAUCCUCCUUACCCUUGUUGUACAAAGCUUAUUCAUCUCAAAUGUGUUAUGCGAAGAAAAGAGGAAUCUGGACUCAGUUGGUUCCGGCCUUAUUAAAAGAAAUUUGGAUUCAGUCGGCUCUGGAUUAAUUAAAAGACAAUUAGACUCUGUUGGGUCUGGACUUAUUAAAAGGCAGCUGGAUUCGGUCGGGUCGGGUCUGAUCAAGCGACAACUGGACUCUGUUGGAUCUGGAUUGAUCAAGAGAAAAUUUGAAGAUGGAAGUGAGUUUGAAGAAAUACCAUUAGACAAUAUUGAAGAAGAUGCUCUUAAACGGCAGUUAGAUUCUGUAGGAGCUGGACUAAUCAAAAGACAGCUGGAUUCAGUUGGGUCUGGGCUCAUUAAAAAGAACUUGGAUUCUGUCGGCUCUGGAUUAAUUCGAAGAAAUUUUGACACUGUUGGGUCUGGACUUAUUAAAAAGAACUUGGAUUCUGUCGGCUCCGGAUUAAUUCGCAGAAAUUUGGAUUCUGUUGGAUCUGGAUUAAUUCGCAGAAAUUUCGAUACUAUUGGGUCUGGCCUUAUCAAAAAGAAUUUGGAUUCUGUCGGUUCAGGAUUAAUUCGCAGAAAUUUCGAUACUGUUGGAUCUGGACUUAUUAAAAAGAAUUUGGAUUCUGUCGGUUCAGGAUUAAUUCGCAGAAAUUUCGAUACUGUUGGAUCUGGACUUAUCAAAAAGAAUUUGGAUUCUGUCGGCUCCGGAUUAAUUCGUAGAAAUUUUGAUACUGUUGGGUCUGGACUAAUUAAAAAGAAUUUGGAUUCUGUCGGUUCUGGAUUAAUUCGCAGAAAUUUGGAUUCUGUCGGCUCCGGAUUAAUUCGUAGAAGUUUUGAUACUAUUGGGUCUGGACUUAUUAAAAAGAAUUUCGACUCUGUCGGCUCUGGAUUAAUUCGUAGAAGUUUUGAUACUAUUGGGUCUGGACUUAUUAAAAAGAAUUUGGACUCUGUCGGCUCUGGAUUAAUUCGUAGAAAUUUUGAUACUGUUGGGUCUGGACUAAUUAAAAAGAAUUUGGACUCUGCUGGAUUAAUUCGUAGAAAUUUUGAUACUGUUGGGUCUGGACUAAUUAAAAAGAAUUUGGACUCUGUCGGCUCCGGAUUAAUUCGUAGAAAUUUGGAUUCUGUUGGAUCUGGGCUUAUUAAAAAGAAUUUGGACUCUGUCGGUUCUGGGCUCAUCAAAAGGCAGCUAGACUCCGUAGGAUCUGGUCUUAUUCGAAGGAAUUUUGACACUGUUGGAUCUGGACUUAUUAAAAAGAAUUUGGACUCUGUCGGCUCUGGAUUAAUACGAAGGAAUUUGGACUCUGUUGGGUCCGGGCUUAUCAAAAGACAACUAGAUUCUGUUGGAUCAGGUUUGAUUAAAAGAAAUUUCGAUUCUGUUGGAUCUGGUCUAAUCAGGCGGAGAUUUGAAACAGCACAAAAUGGUUUACUGGCAAGACUAACAGAAUGUUUGUAUCAUGCUGACAAGAAGAGUAAAUGCCUUCUUAGAAUGGAAUAGACCAACAAACGCCAUGACAAAGGAAAAAAAAAACACGAUGACACAAAAGCGGAAAUUUAAACAACACAAAAGAAAUU